GUGCUGCUGGACAAGGCGUCCAGUCACCGCCCCGUGUUGCUCAACAGCGCGAGUGUGGAGUUGAGGAACCAGAGGAAGUUGCGACAUUCCAGUUGGCUCACCCCUGACAGACAGCGGAGCACCAGAGAUCCGUCUUCCCAGCGGAGCACCAGAGAUCUUCCCGGCGGAGCACCAAAGAUCGGUCUUCCUAGCGGAGCACCAGAGAUUGGUCUUCCCAGCGGAGCACCAGACAUCGGUCUUCCUAGCGGGACCACUGUGUCAGCGGAGCCGGGAGCGUACUAUCUCGCCAACAGAAGCUUCGUGAUUUGAUAUCACGUGUCCUUGUCGUGUUUUGCGAGUGGAGUCCCGCGCUGUUCCCCGUAUCGCAGCUAUGUCUCCUUUGUGGUUGUGCUGGUGUGCUGAUGUUCUUCUCACCUGGGUUUCCACAGCAGCUGACAUCCCUCAGGAUGACGAGUGUAAGGACUAUGGCGUGCCGUUCGAGCGCGUGUUCAGACGGUCUGGGGAGGCAGCCAUGUUUAACUGCUCUCUAGUAGAUCCCCGUGUCUUCAAUGUGUCCACACACCCCUACAACACAACAUGGUACCACCUGCCUACAGGCCAGGAGCAGAGGGCACAUAUGGAACAUACCAUUAUUCAGGGGACAACGCUGUGGCUUCUCAACAUCACUGCAGAGGAUAAAGGGAAAUUCAUGUGUGUUGUCAGGACUGCUGAGGGCUGUUUUAAACAGGCCUAUGUGCUGAUGGUGGAGGCGGAACCAGGGGCGGGGCCUGAUAGGGGGUGUGUCCAUAGGGAGAGGAGCAUCCAGUUCCUCCCAGCGCUGACCAGCAGCUUCCUCUCCUGCCCUCUACGGGAGUAUCUGCCCUACCUGGACACCUACACCAUCCACUGGUACAGGAGCUGUGAGGUUUUGCCGAUUAAUGGGAAGUUCCUGGUGAUGGGUGAAGGAGACCUCGUUGUGGACAGCGUUGCCCCUGACGACGCAGAUAACUACACCUGCGUCCUGAGCUUCCAGCUGGCUGGACUCCAGGGUCUUAUGAGUGAGACCAUCGAGACCACUGUCCUUGUGAAAGUCACUUACCAGCCAGAAAUCCUCUUGCCGGAUGGAGAGAUCAACAAAGUUCCCCUGGGCUCCUCUUUCCAUAAGCUGUGUCGUGUGUCAGUGCCUGGAGUGGGAUCUCACGACGUCUUAGUGAUCUGGAGAACACAAGACAAGUACAUCAACUACAAUACAACCCACCGCAUUCACCAGCUGCCACAGAGAGAGGUACCUGUUGCAGACGGGUCGGUGGUGGAGGCGGAUCUGGUGUUCUCUGAGGUGAGAGAAGAGGACCUGAAUGUGAACUUCACCUGUGAGGUCCAUAAUGACCGCAGAGUCCCCCAAGCCAGCUUUAGACUGCAGUCAGAUCCCAACCUGCUGCUGCCCCUGGGCCUGGUGUUUGGGGCGUCGGCCUUCAUGUUUGUUCAGUGUGUGCUGCUCUACCGGCUCUUCAAGAUGGACAUCGCCCUGGCCUGCAGGGACGCUCUGCCACACCUGUACCCUAGCACAGAGGGGGAUGGGAAGGUGUAUGAUGCAUACGUGGUGUACCCGCGUCUGAUUGGUCAGCCAGGCAGUCCAGAGGAAACCUUCGUCCUGAGCACCAUCCCCCAGAUGCUGGAGGGUCACUAUGGUUACCGCCUCUUUAUCUUGGGCAGGGACUGUAUGCCAGGGGAAGCUCUAGUUGACGCUGUGUGCUCCGCCCUCUCUCUGAGUCGCCGGGUUCUGCUCAUAUAUGGUGGUGGGCGUGGCCAGUCGUGUGAUGAUGACUGGGGGGCGUGGCUAGAGCAGCAGCUGGCUCUGCAGCGCUCCCUAUUGGAGGACAAUACGCUGGGCGUGAUCCUGAUCGAUCUGGGGGGCGUGUCCGACUCCGCCCUGCCGCCGGCCCUGAGGCUGCUGAAGGAGGAGCAAGGCGCUCUGCGUCCCGCCCACACACACACGCUCACACACACGCUCACACACACACACGGCUGCUGCUGCAGCAGGUCAGAGGAGGAGGCGCAGGAGGAGGAGGAGGCGCUGGCCUUCAUCACGCCCUCUCGGCGCUUCUGGAAAGAGCUGCGCUACCACAUGCCCAUCCGAGGGAAACGCAGGACAGGAGCUCACAUACACACGCACACACACAACACACAGCCCCAGUCUGAGACGUAAGAUGUGUGAGAAUGGCAGUUACAGACUUUGGCCUGUAGAGGGGGCUGCUGACUAAUCACUGUUCUAACUUGGCCAGACUGGCCAGGCACCAAACACUCAGGAGUUGAAAGCUCUGGGCAUGUGACAUCAUCAUCUCUGGGCAUGUGAUGUCAUCUCUCCUCCAGAGCCAGACAUGUGGGCAUUGUCUGAAGAUGUCAUCUGGAGUAGAUGACAUCAUGUGGGCAGACGUCCUUAAUCCUCUCCAGCGAUAUGAAGCUCAUCUGGAGUUAUGUGUGUCAGUGGGUGUACAGAGCUGCACUUUUAGAACUCUACUCCUUACACCAGACGCCGCGCGUGUGUGUGUGCGUGCGUGUGUGAGCGUGCAUGCCUGUGUGUGCCUGUGUGUGUGUGUGUGAGCGUGCGUGCCUGUGUGUGCCUGUGUGUGUGCCUGUGUGUUUGCGCGUGCUUUUGUGUGCGUGUGUGAGCGUGCGUGCCUGUGUGUGCGUGUGUGUGUGAGGUCUACCUUGCUCAACUGCUAGAGCUACAGAGCUGUACUUCCUCAUGCCAAUGUGAUCAUGCCAGUGUGAUCAUGCCAGUGUGAUCAUGCCAGUGUGAUGCCAGAGUGAUCAUGCCAGUGUGAUGAUGCCAGUGUGAUGCUGCCAGUGUGAUGAUGCCAGUGUGAUCAUGCCAGUGUGAUCAUGCCAGAGUGAUCAUGCCAGUGUGAUGCCAGAGUGAUCAUGCCAGUGUGAUCAUGCCAGUGUGAUGCCAGAGUGAUCAUGCCAGUGUGAUGAUGCCAGUGUGAUGCCAGUGUGAUGAUGCCAGUGUGAUGCCAGAGUGAUCAUGCCAGUGUGAUCAUGCCAGUGUGAUGAUGCCAGUGUGAUCAUGCCAGUGUGAUGUCAGAGUGAUCAUGCCAGUGUGAUCAUGCCAGUGUGAUGAUGCCAGUGUGAUGCCAGAGUGAUCAUGCCAGUGUGAUCAUGCCAGUGUGUAUUCAAUGCAACAAAAUAAUUAUUCAAUGCAACAAUUAGAAUAAUUAUGCAACAAAUUAAGCAUUUGUGUUCUUAAAUAAAUAAAUAAUGGUUUCCAUUGA